ACGGGGGCAGGACAGGGAGGAGCAGCGCAGUCACUUCCUAAAAACAGGUUCCUGUCCUCUGAUCGGGCAUGUUGUGCGUCCUGAAGCAGACUCAGCAAGAUCCGAACUCUAUCAUACCCGAACCCGCAGGCUUUACUCUGGCCGCUGAUGAGCGGCUGCAGCAUACGUUCUAGACCUCCUGGAUGGAAUCGGAUCGUCUGCUGACCCGGGCUGAGGACGGACGCCCCGGAGAUGAUGGCUCCGGCUCAGCCAGAUGUCGCGGAAAUUCGCAGGGCAGCAGGCGGAUGUCAUGUUGUGCUGCUGGGGACUGGUGCCGUUUGGACGGAGAUACAGGACAGCGGGGGUACGGUGUAGGAGACCGGAUAGCAGAUAAGGAGGUUCUUCGCAUCCAGCAGGCAGUUGUUUUCAUUGAAGAUGCCAUCCAUUACCGCUCUAUCAACCAUCGGGUGGAUACCAGCUCUCUUCACCUGUAUCGAUGGUACUACUCAAGGAUAUGCCAGUGGAUCUUAGGCACCAUCAUUGCAGUUGUGUUGUUACUGGCAUUUGUAGAACGUCCUUCCUCUCUCUCCAUCUCUUCGGAUCCCCACCACCGAUCUGUCUCAUGGGAGCCUCCUUGUGGUGCAACAGAGUGUGUUGAGAUGCUCUGCCUCUUCGUCUUCUGCUUGGAUCUUGCCGUCAAAAGCUACUUGAUUGGCUGGGAGGAAUUUAGGAAGACCAAAUGGCUGAUCAGCUACACUAUAGUUAUUUCCAUUUCUGUCAUUGACUGGGUGCUAUCCCUCAGCAUGGCAUGUGAUGAGAAACUGAGAGUACGACGGCUUGUUCGGCCAUUCUUCCUUCUACAGAACUCCUCUCUGAUGAAAAAGACACUGAAGUGCAUCAAGAGAACCCUGCCAGAGAUUGCCAGUGUGAUCCUGCUGCUGGCUCUGCACCUCUGCCUCUUCACCAUGAUCGGCAUGCUGCUGUUUGCGAAAAAUGAAGAUCCAAAGAAGAAUGGCGAGUGGGAGUUACAUUUCAGAGACAUGACUACUUCCCUGACCUCUUUGCUAGUGCUGCUUACCACAGCCAACAACCCUGAUGUCAUGAUGCCCGCCUAUUCCAUCAACAGAGGCUACUCCAUUUUCUUUAUCACCUUCAGUGUCAUCGGAACAUACUGUCUGAUGAACUUACUGACUGCCAUCAUCUAUAACCAGUUCAGGGGAUAUUUACUGAUGUCGGUUCAGACUUCCAUCAUUAGGAGACGGCUAGGGAUCCGAGCUGCUUUCCAUGUCCUUAGCUGUGACAGAGCCCAAGCAGAAGCACAGGAAUUUGUGAGUGUCGACUCUGUGCUUCAGGUGAUGUCCGAAGUCAACAUGAAGAGCUACUAUAAAUCAGCCAUCACUGUGGCAGUGCAGGAGUUUACAGAACGGGACUACAUGGAUCACCAGCAGUUCAGAAGGAUCUUUGAUGAGCUGGAUAAAGAUUGUAUCAAAGAGCACCCUCCCUUACCUCAGUACACAUCUGCAACCCUACAAAAACUUCAGGUGGUCUUCAGUCACUACUACAUUACUGUUCUAGGCAACCUGGUGGCACUGGGCAAUGUCAUGUGCAUAUGCACUAUCCUGGUGCUAAACUCCGAAAAGUCCACUGCAGAAAGAGACAACUACGUCUUAGAGGUUAUCAACCUCUGCUUCAUCAUCUUCUACCUUUUUGAAAUGAGUGUCAAGAUAUUUGCCUUUGGAUGGAAGGGAUACCUGUCCUACAGGAGCAACAUCUUUGAUGGCUUCCUCACCAUUAUGUUACUGGUUCUACAGAUUGCUAUAUUCAUCACCUACAACUUUCCCCAUUCCCAGUGGGACCCUUCAUUUCAUGGUGUGAUGUCUUUGUGGGAGAUGGUUCGUUUGGUCAACAUGCUAAUUGUGUUCCGCUUCCUGCGCAUCAUCCCAGAUAUCAAGCUCAUGGCUUUGGUCGCUAGUACUCUGUUAGAUCUGGUGAAAAACCUUCGAGCGUUUGCCGGGGUCCUAGUGGUGGUGUACUAUGUGUUUGCUGUGUUUGGGAUCUGGCUGUUUGAGGGCGCCAUUAAACCACCUACAGGGAUGAGUGUGCUCACCAUGGAGAACAUCACAUCUAACUUAAGCACAGCUUGUGGCACAUAUGAACAACUCGGCUACUGGCCGAACAACUUUGAUGAUUUUGCUGCCGCAAUCAUUUUGCUCUAUGAUGUCAUGAUCGUCAACAACUGGCAGGCCUUCAUGGAAGCAUACAGCAGAUACACAUCAGAGUGGUCCAAGGUUUACUUUGUGUGUUGGUGGCUCACCUCCUCUGUGAUGUGGGUGAACUUGUUUGUGGCACUCAUCUUGGAGAAUUUCAUCUACAAGUGGGACCGCAGUCACAGCUGCUCUGUUACAGAUGUGGAGAGAAUUCAAUAUGAAACUUCUGUCCAGUUCCUGUUCAAAGAACAGAUCCAAGAACCAACUGAAGAAGAGUUAGUUUGUCAGUUACAUCAGCACCCUCACCUACAUUUGGACUGUUGACACAAGCACCAACAGACACAAACACAGCGUCUCCAUGCAAGAAGGACAUGAAGCUGUUGGUGUUAGCAGGAAGCACACCUGUCUUUAAGUAAAUCAACAGCUGGCUUUCUCUUGAACAGAACAAAGCAUGAUGGACUAAAUUCAACGCAUUUACCUUUAGGUUUACUUUUGAACUGUAAAUACUUUGAGUGGUUUUAAUUCAGGAAUUUCCAUAGCUAGCUUGUGGAUGUGUUUUUUUUUUCUUUCUACAAAGCUGCAGUGCAAAAUCUGAAAUUCAGAGAAAAGUAGGCCAUGUUUUAUCUAUUUUUGCUCUAUGCUGGUGUUUGGGAACAGUACUGAAGCUGGAGACAGCAGAGAAGAAGGAAGGGCAUUUAAAGCUGCCACUUCUCAGACCAAUAAGAGCAGCUUUAAGGGAGCAAAUAUUUCUCAGCCAGGUCAGAUAACAGAAAGGCCCUGGUAAGGUGUGAAUAAUCUCAAAAUUAAUUGAGAAUGGUUUUUUCAGACUACCGUUGGAAGUGGCCUUGGACACUUGUGUUUGCAUUAGUUUGACGGUCUGAAGACAACCCUUCCUGGGACACACUUUAGAACCAUGCACUGACAUGACAUUACCUCCUCAACUUGCAAAAUACCUGGACAGCACUUGGUGAGCUAAUCUAUAGUUGUUGGUGAUACAGUAAAGACCGGAUUUUUAUUGAGAUGCAAGUUUUACUUGUACUGUUAAAAAACUGUUUUCUCACCAGUUGAAAUUUUAUUGAGCAUCAAUCAAUCAUCAAUCAUCAUCAAUUUUUUUUUAGCAUUUUUGGUUCUUAAUUAACCCACUGUGGUCACAAUGACAUAAAAUUACAUCUGCAAAGUGUAAAACAUACUUUUACACAGCACAACAUGGCUGUUGGAAGAUUUGUACAUAAAUUAUCAUUGCGUAGUUUGAGAAGUGUCUUUAUCCUCAUCAUUUAUCAUUAAAAUACAUUUUCAUUUGUUUAGUUUGGAAAACUUUGAUAGAAGUGGUUUGAAUACUUUUUCACAUUUAUCUUGAGUGUUUUAUGAACUAUUAAUAGAACUGUCAUCUUGUCUUAGAGUUGCAUUUAGGUAGAUGCUAUGCAGAAACUGUAUCAUACCCACGAUGCUGUAACAUGAGUGUUUUUUCUUCUUUCUUCAAUAAAAGGCUGUGUACAGAGAGCAGCCCCUUUGAGAGAAGGAAGUCACUUCAUUGCAUA